UUUACUUUUGCUCAAUUAUAAAAGUGUGUUAUCAGUGAUGUCAUGGCGACUUUACCGCCUAGAAAGAAUCCAACUCCAACAAAAAUUUCUAAAGAACACCUUACACCUUUGCAAAUUUUACUUCAAUUAGGAUUUCCAAAACAAAGAGCAGAAAAAGCAUUGACAGCAACGGGACAUCGAAGUGUUCAACUUGCUUCGGAUUGGCUUCUUGCUCAUGUUCGUGAUCCAACAUUAAAUUCCGAUGAACCAAGAGAAUAUGUAUUAUAUGCUUGUCCAACUGGACAAUUUGCUGAAAGUCUUGUAAAAUUUUGGAAAGAAAGCAAAGAACUCGGUUGGAAUGGAGCUCACAAUUAUAUGCCACACAUCACUCUCAUCUCUUUUUUUAAAGCACCAGAUGAAUCAGCUGAAAAAAUGUCGAAUGCAUUGGAAAAUUUAAUAAAUCGCAAUGAAUGUCCUGAAUAUAUUAAUUUAGAAACUUAUAUAUCGCCAAAUUUUAUGGGUUUAUUUGUUGAGGAUAAACAUGCCGAAUGGUUGAAAUCAUUAGCCGUCCAAUAUUGUAAAAAAUUAAUAAAUCUUGGUAUAAAUGUUGAACCACAUACAAAAUCAUUACAUCUUUCGCUUGCUUAUCAAUUUUCAAGUAGUCAUUUUCAACAUUUACGUUCAAUGGUGGAAAAAUUGGAAUCAAGCACAGCAAUAAAUUGGGAAUUAAGAUUAUAUUCAAGAGAUUCACGAUUAAAAAAUAUGCAUGUUCAUGGUGUUUUACAUACACAUGUACCAAGACAACAUGAUGAAUUAGAAUUGAGACCAGGUGAUUAUAUUUAUUUACCAGAAGGUGCAUCGAAUUCAUCACUCGAUGGAUGGGUUGAGGGAAUAUCAUGGUUAACUGGAACAACAGGAUAUUUACCAUUGAAUUAUACAAAAAGAUCAGCUGAAUCCGAUUCAUGGACUUUACAUACGUCAAUUUCAAUAACUGAAAAUAUAAUAGAAAAUAUAGAGCAUGAAAUACCUAAAAGUCGAAGGCCUCCUAUAUUAUCAAGUACUGAAUCUUUGGAUACACCCGAUGGAAUCGCUCCCGAAACUGAAGCGAUGGAAGCAUCGGAACCACCAUCAACUGCCGCAAGACAAAUUUUCAUCUGUCGUCAUGGUGAACGUGUUGAUUUUACAUUUGGCGCAUGGAUUCCCUAUUGUUUUGAAUCAAAUGGCUGUUAUAUACGUCGCGAUUUAAAUAUGCCAAAAGAAAUACCACAGAGAAAUAUACAAGACUUUCAAAAUGAUUGUCCAUUAACAACAUUAGGUGAAUUACAAGCGAGCCUUGUUGGUGAGGCAAUGAAAGGUGCAAAUGUUAAAAUAGACGUUGCAUUUUCAUCGCCAUCAUUACGUUGUAUACAAACAUUAUCAAAAAUUUUAAAAGGUCUUGGUUGUUUAAAUGUGCCAAUUAAAAUUGAACCUGGUCUAAUUGAAUGGCUCGCAUGGUAUCCAAAUGGAACACCAACAUGGAUGACAUGCGAUGAAUUAUUAAAAGCUGGCUUUAAUAUUGAUAUGAAUUAUAGUCCAAUUAUAAAAAUUGAAAAUUUACCAACUAAAGAAAAUGCUGCACAAUAUUAUGAGAGAAGUUAUUCAUUAAUGAAAGAUAUUAUUGGCAAUAGUGAGGGUAAUAUUUUAAUUGUUGCUCAUGCCGCAUCGUUGGCAGCAUGCACUAAACAAUUAACUGGCGGUAAAAUACCACCGGCUGCUGAAGUUACAAGAUUGGUACAAAGAGUUCCAUAUUUAGCGUGUUUAACAGCACGUGAAAGUGUUGAUGGUUGGCAAUUACAACCACCUCCAUUUCCACCUGUUACACAUACCAGUAAUAGUCGAUUCGAUUGGAAAAUAUUAAUGUAAAUAUAAUUAAUAGCCACAUAAAUAUAUAUAGAAUUUAUUAUGUUUCUGAGAUUUAACAGAAAAAGAAAAACGUGUUCAUCGCAGAUUUAAGAAUAUUUUUUUAAAGAUAAAUCUAUUUUUUGUGUUCAGAUUAAUUUUUUUUUAAAUUAUUCCUCGAUGUUAGUAUUUUUUGUAAAUUAGUUAAAUUUAAAUUUUUACUAUAGCUAAUUAAUGUUUUUUUUUUAUUAUUAUUAAUGUUAUAUUUUGAAAAUAGUUCAGUUGAAAUUUUUGACAUGAAUUCUUCAAAGUUUUCAAGAUAUUAUUAUUAGCCGUGCCAGUAUAUUCUUUCUUUUUAAAAAUUUUGUCUUUUGUAAUUUAAAUUUAAUUACAGAAUGUAGUGAUCAAAGUAGUGAAUUUACAAUUUUAGGAUUCAAUUUGAAGAAUUCAGAAUUUUUGUAGAUUGGUGAUAUUUUAGUAUGUGACUUUAUGUCCAGACCAAUGAAUUAAUAGUACAUUUUAAAAUACAACGAUACUAUGUUUUAAAAACAAAUUGUGAUUAUGCAUUUAAUACGCGACAUACGAAAUUUAUAUUGUAUGUAUAAGAGUGUUUUACUGAUAGUAAAUCUGGAUUUAAUUUUUA